CCGUGUUGUGAAAUUGUUUGCUUUGCUAUCGUGAACCCAUUUUGCUGCUGAGUAAUUUGCCCUAGUAAUGUUUGCUGGGACAGGAUUCCAAAUGGAAGCGGAUAAAAGAGAAGAAAUUGCUGCUUUAUAGUGUAAAAGAGAAUACUCGGAAAUUCGGUCACAUCCUCUAUAUUAAGGUGACAUAGAUUGGUAUCCAAGUUAUAUAGAUUACUUAUACCUUUGAAUUUUAAAUCUCUGAUAAGUUCCUCAAAUAUUGAUUAUCGAGGAAAUGAUAGAUUACACAUUCUGGCAUGUUGUUUAACAAAGAAGUAAUGUGGUUGGAAAGAUGUAUUGGACAAUAGAUACUAGAGCUUUGCCUCUUCAGAGUGUGGGAGAAGAAAAAAAGGCAGAAUGUGUUAUAAUCCUUACACUUGCAAUCUCCUUCUCCACUUAUGUUCUUAAGGAUUGUGGUUAAGCAUUUGAAAUGGGAUUUCGUCAGCAAUUGUUGUGCUCGAUUACUCAUGUCUAACCAGCUUUUGAUUAGUUCAUGUGUGAAAGUGAAAACUGAACUUAAGGAAAAUGGCAGAGUAGUCCCCCCAGUGGGAUCUGGGGAGGGUAGUGUGUGUGCAAACCUUAUCCCACUACCUUUGUUUCUGAAGACCCUCGGCUCAAGGAAAGGUGAAAAAAGAAGCAGUAACGACAAGCAGACUUCUUUUUAAGUUUGAUGAGUUAAAAAAACACUUCUUACACAUCUUGUUCUUCCUUUUGUUGGUUACUUCAGUUAGUGUCUAUUUCAGUGCUAAAGCCUCCUUCAGAUAGCCAUUAAUUAGUAGUGUCAAAUGGGUGGGUUGAAUUAAGCUUGGGCAGGUUGAGAAAUAGGUUGAAACCCCGCCCAUAUUUGUUGCAGGUAAAAAAGGGGUUGAGUGAUGCAUUAUUUGGGUACUAUAUUUGAGUUUCAAAGGAAAUCUGGUAUAUGGGAAUUAGUAGUUAAAAAUUUAUUGUUUAAGCGAGUUGACGCUUUUAUUCUCCCACAGAGAAUGGUUAACAAAAUAGAUUGAUUUGUUCUUUUCUUAAAUCAGUUCUUCACAAUUUUUAUCUACUAACCGAGGAAGGUCUUAAGGUUGGUGUUGGUUUAGCAGGUAGCCCAUUUUGCAGCUGGUGAAAUAUGGGUUGGACCAUAUUUGACUCAUUCUAAAAUAUCACACACUCAAAUAUGGGCGAGUUGGGUGGGUUUAUGGCAUUUUUGCCACCGGUAGCCAUCAUUAAUCUUUCAUUUCUAACUUUUUCAGUAAUAUUUGACGAUGGGUGGACUACCGCUAGAGAAUACAUCCUCAACAAUAUCCUUGUUGAAAGUACCAAAAGAUCAGAAAGCCGCAUCUACGAUGCCUGAUUCAAAGCCAAAAAAGAAGAUUUGCUGUGCUUGCCCCGAAACUAAGAAGCUGAGGGAUGAAUGCAUUGUGGAGCAUGGUGAACCCGCGUGUGAGAAAUGGAUCGAAGCUCAUCGUAAAUGCCUUCGAGCUGAAGGCUUCAAAGUCUGAAAUGGGUGAAUAGAAGCAGACCUCUAAAUGGACAAAGGAAGAUACAAUUCUUUUCGUAAUGCCCAGUUUGUUUUUGGGACCAUACAAGCUCAAUUAGCUAAAUGUUUACAGAUCAUUUAUACAAAAGAAUUUGUUCAUCAGAAUACAGGAAUAAAGCUAGGGAAUUGAAUAAUGGAUUUGCUGGGGCAGGAAAUGCAAGAUAAUUUUCUUCAUUAUUUGUAUUGUGAAUUACAUUUCUUGAUGUACAUCGAUCAAUCCCGCCGCGUUCAAGUGAUCGCCGUGAGCCGAG